AUGACAUCUAUGGAAAAAGGAGACACUAGUAUAAGAUCUUUAAACGAUAUCAAUUUACAAGAACUAGCCAACAGACAACAUCAACAGAAUAUCUACGCUCAACCUUCUCCUUCACUAGAGAACAACAAUAACGAGACCAACAACAACAACAACAACAAGGACAAUGAAAAUAGCACGUCCAAGAAUAAUAGCAGUACAAGUCUCGGAUUGAGUAAAAAACCAUCAAGACAUGUCAACAAAGAUACUACUACUAAAGGCAAAUAUACAUUAAAUGAUUUUCAAAUAUUACGUACAUUAGGAACAGGUUCAUUUGGUAGAGUUCAUUUAACAAGAUCAAUUCAUAAUGGAAGAUUUUAUGCCAUGAAAGUAUUGAAAAAACAAAGAGUUGUUCAAAUGAAACAAAUUGAACAUACUAAUGAUGAAAGAAGAAUGUUAAAAUUAGCUCAACAUCCUUUUAUAAUUCGAAUGUGGGGGACAUUUCAAGAUUGUCAUAAUUUAUUUAUGAUUAUGGAUUAUAUAGAAGGUGGUGAAUUGUUUUCAUUAUUAAGAAAAUCUCAAAGAUUUCCAACUCCUGUAGCCAAAUUUUAUGCUGCUGAAGUAUUUUUAGCUAUUGAAUAUUUGCAUAAUUUAGAUAUAAUUUAUCGAGAUUUAAAACCAGAAAAUAUUUUAUUAGAUAAAAAUGGUCAUAUAAAAUUAACUGAUUUUGGUUUUGCUAAAGAAGUUCAAGAUGUUACUUAUACUUUAUGUGGUACCCCUGAUUAUAUAGCUCCAGAAGUUGUUGCCACUAAACCUUAUAAUAAAUCUGUUGAUUGGUGGAGUUUUGGUAUAUUAAUAUUUGAAAUGUUGACUGGUUAUACUCCAUUUUAUGAUCCUACUCCAAUGAAAACUUAUGAAAACAUCCUUAAUGGUACAAUAACUUAUCCUGAUUAUUUACCUCCUGAUAUUUUAGACCUUUUACAAAAAUUGAUUGUUAAAGAUUUAACGCAAAGAUUAGGUAAUUUACAAGGUGGUUCAAAUGAUGUUAAAAAUCAUCCAUGGUUUAAAGAAGUUAUUUGGGAAAGAUUAUUAUCAAGAGAUAUCGAAACUCCUUAUGAACCUCCAAUUACUUCUGGUGUUGGUGACACUUCACAAUUUGAUCGUUAUCCUGAAGAUAAAGAUUUAGAUUAUGGUAUAAGUGGGGUUGAAGAUCCUUAUCGUGAUCAAUUUGAAGAUUUUUAA